UCUACUUGUAGUCUUUAACGUACAUUUACUGAAUAUUUAAUUCAUGACACAGAUUAUUAUCAAGAUACUAGAAAAUGUUGCAUAAUGUCACCGCUAAAGCAAGAUGAAUCUCACUGCAAGUUUUGCUUCCAAAACUCAUACAUUUUUUGUAUGACUUGCCACUGUAUGAAGUAUGUUUUUAAUAGGUAAUUUAAGACAUGUUAUUGUGGAAUACUUGACGUUAUCAGUGUUACUUUACAAUGCUUUAGGAAACUACACCGCCUACGAUCCAGUCGAAAUGCUAGGCCACAACAUCACCGAACCAUCUGACGACAUUCCAUGGUAUAAUGAUGGAGGCCCUUGCUACUCUUUGAAAACUGCCCUGGAUAUAUUCACCAAAGAUCUUUACCAGACUGAUCAAGGUGUUAGAAUUCUAUUGGACAACUUCUACGCCAACGUCGCACAGUUGAAGCGAUCUCCACCACUUAUAGCAAGCCGAAAGCCUUUCAUAGUCAUUGAGGGUAUGCAGAGAAGGUUGAGGUAUAUUGUCACUCGCAAGGUGGCUCGCUACCUUAAAGGGAUGGAAGUUUACAACCCCCCGCCUGGGUAUCUGGAGCUGCGUUCGUGGUUCAAUCACAGCUCAUCUCUAAGACGAGCGUAUUUCGCACUCUGCGUCUACAUCGCUGCCAACAACGUGAAGAUGACGCUGCCUUACCGGGCCGCUGUUAUGUCAGGGUAUUGGCUGGACCAAGCCACGUUUGCUCUUGCCAAGAAGUAUCGGCCAGGCCUGCCUCCAGACGAUUCUACAGACUGGAAAUGGCCGGAGGACCUCCUCAAACCGGAUUUAAUAUUCUAUUUGACAAACAAAGAAGAAAUUGACCCAACAAUGACUCAAUAUUUCCCUACAAGAAAACCAGAUCCUUUGAAAGAAAUAAUUGGACAAAUAUUCAGGAAAUGGGAAGAUCCGAAACUAAUCUUUAUCCAAAACAGUACAAGAUAUCGAGAGAUUGUGGCAGAAAUGAUUCCACACAUAAACAACAUGCUGUACAACUGGAGAAUACAGACAGAGUCUUGAAAUAUACCUCGUUUUUAUAAUGUGCUCUUGAUCAUUACCCAUGUAUAGGGGUCUCAAUUCCGGGCCUUCAAUCCAAUCCCGGGAUUUCGGGAUUCGUCUCAGCCAAUCCCGGGAUCCCGGGAUCAACUUUUUAGCCAUUUUUAAUUAGCGAGAAGUCCCAUCGUUGAGUACUUUAAUGUUUUAAACUGGCCUUACCAGUGUACACACACAAUUAAACUGCAAAAUGUUUCCGUUUUCUAAGUAAAUAAAUAUUACCACGCGGAACUUUCAUCGCCCGUAUUU